GUCCUUUCCGAUAACUCGAUUAUCUUUCCCUGAAUACUCUUCAAGUGGGCAUGCGCAAAAAGCGGAAAUUUACUUCCGGGGACUACACAAACCAGGAAGUAAACAGCAACAAGUGAAAAUGGAAAGUAAAGAUUCAAAACUAAUAAAGAAAACGGGCAGGAAAACCCCUAAGUACUGUUGUAUUUGUAAAGGAAUUUACAGAGGAAAGGUUAUUGAUGGGAGAAAAGUGUCAUUGCACCGUUUUCCUCAGAACAAACGUUUAAAACGUGUGUGGGUGCAGCGAUGUAAAACGGUCAUGAGAUCGUUCCAGUGGAAUGAACACAGACGAUUGUGUAGUGAGCAUUUUGUUGGCUUCAGAGGACCUUCAUUCCAGCAUACACUUCCAUCUAUGUUUCCAACUGAGACUGGUGCUACCAAAACCUUCCAGCCAACGCUCCUUGAUGAAGACGUAGGUGAUGAUGAUGAUGGUGAUACGGUCAAUGACGAUUUAGACCUAGAACUGUCAAAUGAUGAUAGUAUACAGCCACAACUGUCAUUUGUAUCCCCUUCCGGGCAUGCCAUUGAUACCUCUGUCCACCUGCAUGAUUACUGCAUGGGACCAGUACUACAGCCACAGAAUCAGUCCUUUAGAUGUUGUGACACACAGACUGAGAACAACUGUGCAGUGAUGGAAGUACAAACUGAAGAAAGUUUCCUGGGAAAAACAGCAGACUUCAGUUCACAAACAGAACAUUCUACUAGAGACUUUGGUGUACAAUGUCAGCUACCUAUGCUCACAUAUGAUGACGUAAAAUACAAUGACGAUUUGGUCAGUUUUUACACCGGAAUCCCUAAUCGAGUUGUGUUUGAAGCUUUGUUUGAUGAAAUCAAGGAUGAAGCUGAAGUGCGGACAUCAAGGCGGAAACUUAACUAUAAAGAUUCAGAUGGAGGACGGCCAAGAACUCUAAGUGUUCUGGAUGAAUUUUUCAUGGUGCUGAUGCGCCUACGUCUAGGUCUGUUAUUUGAAGAUCUAGGUACUAGGUUUUGCAUAUCCACUUCACAAUGUAGUGACAUUGUUGAAAGAUGGAUCAACUAUUUACAUGUACAAUUAUCCUUUCUUGUUCAAUGGCCAUCUCGUGAGGUAGUGAAAAAUAACAUGCCUGAACAAUUUAAAGAGAAAUAUUCUAACACUAGAAUUAUUAUCGACUGCACUGAAAUUUACAGUGAAACAUCCAGUUCUCUUUCUUUGAAAAGUUUAAUGUACAGUGAUUACAAGUCUCACAUGACUCAUAAGAUUUUGGUGGGUAUAAGCCCAAAUGGUGUUGUAACUUUUGUUUCUGACUGUUGGGUGGGCUGUACCAGUGACAAGAAACUCACAGAAAAAUGUGGACUCUUGGACUUGCUUGAAGAAGGAGACGCCAUAAUGGUUGAUAAGGGUUUCACUAUUACAGACCUUACUACUCCAAGAGGCAUUCAUCUCAUUAUUCCACCAUUUAAACAGAAAGGAAAACAAUUCUCUAAACGUGAGGUUCUCCUUACAAAAGAUAUUGCAAGUUUACGAAUACAUGUUGAAAGGCAAAUGGAGAGAAUCAAGAACUUUCGAAUAUUGCAUGGCAAUAUUCCUAUAACACAGUCAAGGAGAAUUUCUAAAGUGUUCAAAAUAUGCACAUAUUUGACAAAUCUAUGGCCACCACUUGUUCAAUAAUAACUCAUGUGUCAAUGAAAGCGUUUGUAUAUAUCAAGCAUUAGAUUUAGGGAUAAAAACUUGUAUACUUCUAACUAGAACAAUGAAAUUACAAUUUUGUUUUAAAAUCAUUUUUUCGAGCAAGUUAUAUGAUAACAUAUGAGAUUACACAUUUGAUUCAGGUUUGACAAAAAUGGAUAAGGAAAUAUGCUCAUGUGAAUGGAUUUCAAGAUUUGAUUUGAAACAUGUAUGCAUUAACUGAUCAAUUUAUUGAUAUAAUUUUUUGUUUGUGAAACAUCUGCUUUGUAUUUUGUGGUUUUAUUAUUUGUAACAUUUCUAAGAAUAAAAGUCAAAGAUCACUUAUUAAGUUUGGCUCUGAAAUGAGUUUUUUUUUUAUUUGCCAUGUGUAAUUGAUCUACCACGUACUUCAAAUCAUUAGU